AUGACGAAAGCAAGCAGUAACGAAGCACCCACUUUCGAAAACUGCACUCAGAUCGCCACUAUCAUCGUGGGCGUGGAAAAAAAGAAAUGGAGGAUCCCUACAGACCUUCUCUGCUUCCACCCGUUGGAGAUUCUAUUUAGGGGCGUCAAACCCUACCUCCCAAUCGCAAAGGCGACUUCAGCUCGUCCAUUGCCUUCAGUUGAUCCCAACGCAGCAUCUAAGAUGAGUCUCGACGACCUAGAGAAUGUGGAGCUUGACGAUUACCGCGCAGCGACCAUAGCGAUGAGAAAGAGCGAGUUGACACCGUUCAACUCAGAGAGCCUCGCGGCACGUGUUAAGUUCCUGAACCCAGCGACGUUCAAACGCAUUGUGUCGGGCGAACAGCACAGGCUUCAUCGACAACGGAGGCUUCACAACAACGGGGACUUCAUGGAUGGAGAAGAUUUGGGCGAGGGCGAGGACGAAGACAUAGAGGCGCCUCAUACCAAACCGGCUCCUUCUUUCGAGACGCCAUCACAGUGGACGGACACCUAG